AUGGCAUCCUACCCAAUCCUCCCAGAGAAGCUCCUCCUCAUCUCCCUAAAGAUGUACUUCACCCCAGAUCAGACACUCACCUACCUCCGCGACCUCCUCAACCCAACCAACGAGAUCGUCCACCCCGCAAAUAAAGACAAACUCCUCCUAGCUCUAAUCCCAGACUUCCUAACAAUCUGGCCCUGCGCCCAAAUCCUCAAAGAAUACGAAACCAACCUUCCCACCACCACCACCACCACCACCACCAUUGGAACCCGCCAACCCAAACCCUCACCCACCUUCCUCCUCGGCGCACAAGACUGUUUCUGGGAAUCCCAAGGCGCAUACACAGGCGAAGUCUCCCCAGCCUCAAUCCGCGCACUAGGCUGCACAAUAAUCGAACUAGGCCACGCCGAACGCCGCGCCAUCUUCAACGAAACAGACGACCAAACCGCCCGAAAAGCAGCCGCAGCCUGCGCACAGCAUAUGGUUCCACUCGUCUGUAUCGGCGAGGUGACAGCUCCCGGCCCAAUCGUCUCGCAAGCUGUCGGCCAGGCGGUGACGGAGUGCGCCGUGCUGGUGCGCGCUGUUCUAGCUGCUAUCCCGGACGACGCGCCCGUUAUCUUUGCUUACGAGCCUGUUUGGGCUAUUGGCCAGCCGAAGCCGGCGGGUGUUGAUCAUGUUGCUGCGGUUGUGCAGGGUGUGCGUGCUGUUAUUGGUUCCCGGAGUGGUACGGCGCGGGUCUUGUUCGCGCAUCAGAUUGAGGGUGUGCGGGAGGUUGUUCGUGAAGUUGAGGAGACGCUGGAUCUGGUGUGA